AUGCCCACUUGCAUUGCAACCUGCCAGAAAUCGUUCUCUAGCUCGAACUCACUUCAACAACAUCAGCGAAUUUGCAAACAUUAUGCCAGUGAUUUCGAGGCAGUAGUUGCAGCCCAUGUGAGCAAACGUUCAUCCGAAGGAAGCAUAGAUGGGCAAACUUCGAAAACACUUGGCGCAGUCAAAAAACGCAAAGUUCCCUUGAAGAAGACUGAUGCUGCUGAAUUUGAACCGGCUCCUCAAAGCCUGGUGUCUGAGAAAAUAAGCUCGACUGUCCCACCGCUUCUUUCUCCUUCCCCACCUCCUGCACCCUUGCCUUUGCUUAAUCGGGCUGGACGGCCCAUGAGGAGUGCUGCCAUUCCAGCUCCACCCUGUGAUGUCUUACCACAAGCACCUCCAGCUGUUCUCGAUCACACGGUAGUUAUGGAGUCCAAUGAGCCAACCCAUCACUGGCCUUCAUAUGAUCCUGAUGCUUUCGUUUCACUGGAUGAUCUUUCGAAACAAACCCGCACCAGUAUCCCUCUGCAGCCACAGCCUUCUAGUUCUAGUUCAGGAUCCAAGUCUAACCCAUCGGAAGGGGAAACUACUCGGCUUGUUGAGGAAGUUCUCAUGGCACCUGAUUUCAAUGUCGAGGAUCUCGAGGGCUUUAAAGCACACCGAGAGAAUUUACGAGCUGAUAAAGCUAAGUUGCCGGAAUCAUCCAAUUAUCUUGCUGGUUUUGAGACAGCCAGUGUGGAUAUACGUGUACCGUCAGGUCAACAAAAUGUUCCCUCGGAAACAUUCUCUGUUCCAGGCCUUCACUACCGACCACUUCUUUCAGUGAUUAGGGAGGCAUUCUCAGGUCCUUUAUCCGACAAAAUACACUUCUCACCUUUCAAGCUUUUCCACCAAUUGCCAUUGUCAAAUGAAGAAAUCCGUGCACACGGCGAGUUGUAUACAUCUGACUCCUUCAUACAAGCUCACGAUAAAAUCCAACGUGUCCCUCUUCCCCCUGAUGAAUCUGAUUGCAAGCUUGAGCGAGCUGUUGCUGCGGUUAUGCUAUGUCGGAUGCCACUCAUGUAG